AUGGAAACAGUGUCAGAAAGAGACUUCACAAAAGAAGAAACCAUCUACAAAACAAGCUCAGUCGAAGUAUUUAAAGCAAGAAUGAGCCAAACCGGUAGGAUAGUUGUAGUUAAAAAGCUAAAUGUUAAUUCAGUUGAAGAAGUAAAUUCUAUACAAAAUGAAUCUUAUGCAAUGGCGUCAUUACAGCACCAAAACAUUGUAGAGGUCAUGGCUUGCUUCCUAUCUGGAACUGGGGCGAUGAUUGAACAUGCUUUUUUCGUCAUGGAUUAUUACGCAAAUGGAGAUUUAUCUAAUGAAAUCAGUCGCCUGUAGAAAUCCAUAAGCCGCCCACUCAAGACUUAUUCCGCAAGGCAAGGAGGAGGUAGGUAAAGGCGCCGGAAGAGCAUUCGAAAGAGGGAUAGACCCUCUGGGCUGGAGUCGAAAAGCGGUAGAACCUCCCUUGGUGACUGCAUCUCCAAUAUGGCUAACGCCUGUCUUUAAUUAUUCUAAUCCUAAUCUAAUGAAAUCAGGAAAAGAAUCAAAGAAAGCCGCCCAUGAAGUGAAAAUAACUUGCUUUAUCACUUUAAAUCACUUAUUGAUGUCCAUUGUUGGCUACAGAGGAAAGGGCUUGUGCAUAGAGAUAUAAAGCCAGGAAAUAUUUUAAUUAGUAAUGAUGGUGAUCUGCUAGUUGCAGAUUUAGGGUGUGCUUAUAAAAGGAAAACAUUAAAAUUAGAAAACUCAGAAUUCACAAUAGCAGGGACUCCUUUAUAUUUGAGUCCGAAAUUGAGAGAAGCGUAUAAUAUUUUUAGAGAAGGGCUUGGAAGUGGAGUGGCACAGCAUGAUCCUAUUAAGUCUGAUGUUUAUUCUCUAGGGCUUACGUUUUUAUAUAUGGCAAGCUUAAAAGAUUUAUCUGACUUACUCCUCAGUAAUAAACAAAAAUCUUGCUUAUCCGCUUAAACACAAAUUUUCAAAUAGUGAAUUUUAUAUGAAUUUGCUGAAUAUUUCUCUGUAAAACGCCCAAAAUUUGACAUCUAAACUCUAAUAAUAAGCAAUUUUCGAUCUAUUCAUAUAGAAUUUAUUAUUUGAAUUUUUUUUUCUAAAAUCCCCUGAAUAAGCAAAAAUGUGCUUAUUAGUGGGCUGAGUUAACUGACUUAAGAAAUCAAGAAUUUAAAGUGAGAGAAAGAAUACAGGAAAUUGGCUAUAGUAAUAGAAUAAAAGAAAUGUUGACAAGUAUGCUGAUUUUUGAUGAAGAUAAAAGGCCUGAUUUUGUAUGACUUUCUAAUAGUCUUGCUUCUGUGAGUGUAAGCAAACCUCAGGUAAUAAAUAACCCCCAAAAUCAAAUAAUAAGCCCAAUUCAAGCGACUAAAAGAUCUCUUGCCGUUAAGGCUAGUGGCAUUCAGCAGCAACCACCUAGUUCUACAAAAUUAAAAGCAAAUCAAGGAUGAAACUGAAAUAGUUUGCUCAAAAAUAAGCGUAUAAAAAUCUGGGUAAAAUUCUCAAAAAUAAAAAAUUAUUUUUUACGCAUUUCAGACUCGAUUUCUGCUCAAAUGCCUCCCAAUAUCUCAGACUUGAUAAAUUUUGCUAAAUCAACAGGAGCUGAUAUUAAAGUCUCCUCUUUGUCAUAUAAAUGCGUUUUUUGCAAUUUCAAAAAUAGUGAUUCUCAAUUUACGUGCAUCCAUCGUUGGCCAUUUCACAAGCAAUGUGUCCCCCAAAAUUAUAUUUAUGCUAUCGACAGUGGGGAUAUUAGGCAAUAUCUUAUUAAUUGCUGAGAAUGCGCCCAAGGGACUGUUCUUUGGGUUGAAAAUCUUAAUUAUCAUGAAAUAGUUGAUUCAAAUACACUUACUUUACAAAAUAAUACUGCUAGUGCACUCUCCACCAUUCAAAAUGGAAUGCAAAAUCAAGCUGCUAAUAAAGAAGAUGAAGAAAUUAAACUUAUAAAUAGAGCUCAAUGCAGCAAAUGCUCGACUAUUCAGAAAACAUUAAUACUUUAUCCAAGAUGUAAACAUAAAAUUUGUAAAUUAUUAAAUUAAUAAUUAUGCUGGUUAAAGCGGUUAAGCCUACUAGCUGUCGCCAGUUUGACUCCAAAUGCUGCUAUAUGGAUUUCUGGCAUCAAUCCUGUCCAAGGGAUCAGCUUCCUAGGGCAGAGAGUAACCGCUUGUAGAGUGGUUUUCCUGAUGAGAGAAGACCAUGUGAUAGUUAAAACCUGAAUACCCUGCCUGCAGGGAAGGCCUACUUCGAAAAUUGGCAGAGACCCUGUUUUCAGCUUUAUCAGAAUGGCUCUGAUCUACUCCUUCGAAAGUGCGCCUGGAGUUCAAUUUCUAUCAAAGCCUCCUUUUUGUUUCAAACUUUGUAAGGAAUGCAAAAUUAAAACUAAAAAGGAAGAUGAUUAUCAAUGUCCCUUAUGCCCAAUGGGAUAUGCACUAGAAUAUAAUCCAAAACUUUCAGAGUAUUUAACUCCCCCCUUUUAAAUUGAAUCAAAACAUCGGUAAAUUUGCAUAUUUUGGAUAGCAUAAUCCCUUUUAAAUAGGAACAAAUUUGUUUUUGAAUAGAAAAUUUUAUUGAUGAAAAUGCUAAUUUAUAAAAUUAGUUUUGACCUAAUUUAAUAGACAUAAUGCAAGUAGAAUAUUAUCUAAACAGUUUUUAUUCUAAAUAGAUUAAUUUUUAUAUUAAUUCUUUAAAGAGUAAUUUAAAUUGUGCUAACUCCCCCCCCCCCCGUGAGCGAACAAAAAAAUUUUGUUCGCUCACGGAGGGGGGUUAAUUUUUUUUUUUAAAAAAAAUUUAUAUAUAAAUUUUAUAUAAAAAAUAUUUUUUCGAAAUUUAAAAAAAAAAAAAUCCUAAUUUGCAAAAAUUGGGAAGCAAAUAUUAAUUUAAUUUGCAAAAUUUAUGUUUUAAAACGCAAUUUGUUUAAAAUUAAACAGAAAUUAGCUCUAGAUUUCAUUAUACUAAUUAUCACUUAUAUAUCAAAAUUUUUUUCCAUUAAAAUUUUUUCUAUUAAAAAAAUUUUUGUUCACUCACGGAGGGUGGGUUUUUGUCAAAAAAUGGCGAUUUUUCUAAUGGUUUUGUUCGCUCACGGAGGGGGGGGGGGGGAGUAAGUAAGUUUUUUUUUUAAAAAAAAAUUAAAGAUGAAAAUACUAAUUUUUAUAAACUAGCUUUAACCUAGUUUAUGGAAAAUUUUCUAUUUAAAAGUUUUUAUACUGAAUCGAUUGUUAUUUUAAUUAUUUGGCUUUAAAAUUUAAAAAAAUAAAAUUUAAAAAAUUUUUUUAUAAAUGAAUUUUUAACCUAUUUAAAUUGGAACAGGAUAUUAUGUUCCAAUUUAAGGGGGGAGUAUAUAACUUUAAUAACUAG